GAUUGUCUCCCUGUGAAAAGCGCACGGGUGUACGGUGUGACGCGGGCGGAGCGGGCGUAUGAAAGCUCCGAACCGUACUAGCGGUGCCGUUAGCGCAGGCUCGGGCGGGCGGCGGCGGGCGGCCGCGGGCGGGUCGUGGGAGGUACCGUUAAUGACGUCGCCGUCGUGACGUCGCACCCGUGACGUCAUACGCCGCGAUAUAGCCACCAGCCUCGGCGGCGGCGGCCUCAGUAACGCACCGACCGUUCACAAGCGUGUACCUCCGCGCACCUUCUCGCGAACCGCAUCAACCUACCGACUGACCGAGUGAGUGAGUGCGCGUGCAGUGAGUGGAAUGUGCUCGGCCGCAUGAGGAUCCUGCUGAGCGAGCUGGGACUGUCCGGCGCGUGUUUCGGCCUGACCCUGGAGCCGCGUGAUUCCUCGCUGGACCCCGACAAGCCUGCGCCAGGUCAGCGCCCGCACGACCUACCGCGAUCCACCACAUCUGUGUUUAUUUUCGCUUUCGUUGUGUAGAACCUUUGGGUGUUGUAGACUCUGUGUGGAACUGUCGUGACGAUGGCCAUCGGCUAGAAUGCGAGGUGCGUUGCUGACGCCCUCCAGCCAACACUGCGGCCUUAGACAUUUCCAAAACACACGGCCGAGCGCCAUAGAGCAGCGCUCGCCAAGCGCCUUUACGUCCAACGCCACCAGCAUGCUACUGCUGCAGACACACAGCAACUACGGUUCGUCCUUCACUGAUCUACUAUCGCCACAAUAUCAAGACGACUCAUCCGAAAUCUUAGAAGAAAACUUAGAUCCAUUUCCGGACGUUGAGUUUCACGCUCCAAUUCCGCCUGAAGUAAAAUCACAAAGAACCACUCCUGUGAGUGACCCUUCAUCGCCUACACUUGGCCCUGCUUUGCCGAGUUUCGAAGAAACUUACUCUGUCCGUUAUCCUAAGCAAGAAUUAUCAGAAUUUGGCAUAAAAAUGGACGAAGACUGCUACAAUGUUGGAGCAUACUCUCAUCAAGGACACACAUCAACUCAACUCUUAUACCCGUAUCAUCAAUCUACGAUUCCAUACGUACCGUCUUCUUACUAUGCUCCAGCCCAACCAUGCAGUCCUACAUUUGACUCAGGAGGUGUGACUCACAAUCAAGACUCUUAUUCGUUACCACCGUUCCCAAGUUCUGUUGAUUUGCAUAUUAAUACUGAUCAAAGUUCGAGGCAACGAAGAGCUUCUUUACCUGUUCAACGAUCGGAAUCCAGCAGUUCUAAUGAUAGUCCGAAGCUACAUGGAGGAAGAGUCCAUUGUAUGCAAGCGUCUACACCGAGUUCUGCCUCGAGUUCACCUGGCGGUGCACCAUCGGAAACGACCGGUCCCCGCGCCGCACCAUCAUCACCCAGCCAGUUGUGUGCAGUCUGUGGAGACACCGCUGCUUGCCAACAUUACGGAGUUAGAACUUGUGAAGGAUGCAAAGGCUUUUUUAAACGAACCGUACAAAAAGGUUCCAAAUAUGUAUGUCUAGCUGAGAAAGCUUGCCCGGUAGACAAAAGAAGAAGAAACAGAUGCCAGUUUUGUCGUUUUCAAAAAUGUCUCGCAGUCGGAAUGGUGAAAGAGGUUGUUAGAACUGAUUCCCUCAAAGGAAGACGGGGCAGGUUACCAUCUAAACCAAAAUGUCCGCAAGAAUCUCCACCGAGUCCACCUAUAUCCAUGAUCACUGCGUUAGUCAGGGCACAUGUGGACACAUCGCCCGAUUUUGCUAAUUUGGAUUACUCGCAAUACAGAGAACCGAACCCCAUGGAACCACCGAUGUCAGAUUUAGAAGUAAUACAACAAUUUUACUCUCUGCUCACGACAUCUAUCGAUAUGAUCAAAUUAUUCGCCGAAAAAGUACCCGGUUUUUCAGAACUCUGCCCCGAAGAUAGGGAACAAUUAUUUGCCUCUGCAAGGCUGGAGCUAUUUGUACUAAGACUCGCCUACCGCACAAGGCCUGAAGAUACUAAGCUGACCUUCUGCAAUGGCAUAGUACUAGAUAAGAGGCAAUGUCAACGAUCCUUCGGGGAUUGGUUACAUGCCGUGCUGGACUUUAGCAACACACUGCACUCGAUGGAUAUCGACAUUUCUACGUUUGCAUGUCUCUGUGCCCUCACAUUAAUAACAGAGCGUCAUGGGCUGAAGGAGCCACACCGAGUAGAGCAGAUGCAGAUGAAGAUCAUCGGGUGCUUGCGCGCGCACAUGCCGGGCAGCGGCGGCGGUGUGGGGGGCGCGCCGCACUUCAGCCGCGUGUUGGGCGCGCUGCCGGAGCUGCGCUCGCUCUCCGUGCAGGGGCUGCAACGCAUAUUCUAUCUUAAGCUCGAGGACCUCGUGCCCGCACCGCCCCUCAUCGAGAACAUGUUCCGCGCCAGCCUUCCCUUUUGAGCGACCCCGACCCGAGGACCACUCCCGCCUUCUUAUGCAUUCUCCUUCGAUAUUUAGAGCCGACUCCGUUAUUUAUAAGUGUUAGAUAUAAAAUAUUUUUAUAGACUAGUUGGACUUUGAAGAAUGCGAUCUCCCACGGAAUCGGUUAGUACUAAGUAAUUUGUAAAGUUAAGCGAAGAAGACAAUCUUAUUGCGUAAGUCCUAUUACGAACUUAAUUUAUUGUAAAAGUAUAGAUAUU